ACAUGGUUGCAUCGAAAUCUCAGGGAGUUGAAACUGCAAUAGCGAAUUUGAGGAAAUGGGCGGAGGAGGAGGAAUAACAUACAAGGGAGUCACCGUACACACUCCGAAGACGUGGCACACCGUUGCCGGAAAAGGCUUGUGCGGCGUCAUGUGGUUCUGGAUUCUGUACAGAGCAAAGCAAGACGGUCCAGUAGUCAUGGGAUGGAGGCACCCCUGGGAUGGCCAUGGUGAUCAUGGUCACGGUGACCAUCACUAGGUCCCGUGGAACCUUUGAAGAAAAAACUUCUCUGUUUUGUUUCAGCUUCAUAUGUCGAAAUAAAGAUAACUGUGGAGAAGACGUUAAAUUGUUUUUGUACACACAUUUUGUAAGACUCGUUGCUUCCUGUUUUUUAGCUGCUACUGAUGAUAUUUGUUGUUUUGCUGUCUACAAAUGAAUUUGAAAUAAAUUCGAUUGGUAGAA